CAACCCAUGGAAAACAGAUGUUCAUGGAGCUGGCUUUGUCCACAGGGGCAUCACUGGAACAGGUUUGGGAGUGAAGGGACAAUUUCUGAAUGUUACCACCAUCCUAGAAGUGUGUCUGCAACUUAGUGUAACAGUUUGGGGGAAGCAACGACAUACUGGGUGGAAAAGUCGGUGGUGUCCCAAUACUUUUGGUCACACAUUGUGUCAUUUGUUGUUAAACGACUCUCGAGAUCAAUAGAAAAAUUUAUCGUCAGGAACAUAGAAACAGAUACAUUUUUUUUACGGUAGUUCAUGAGGAUUUUGAGGUCUUUGGCAACCCUGCAGAAGAAGAAAGAUGGCGCUGGAGAGAUGCAUGGCCUUUUUGUUAGCAGAUGAGUUCGACUCAGAAGAACUCGUGGACCGGAGGGUUCCUCUCAGAGCGCGAGGAACCGGAGGUUUUGAUGACGACGAUGAUGAAGAUGAUGAUGAUGAAGGCAGUAGGAACUACUUCAGUGCUACAGUUCCCAGUCUCUCAGUCCUGGACUUUCAGAAGUGCUUCCAGCUCUCACACCCACAAGUUGAAGAGUUGGUGAACUUGUUGUCCCCUUGCGACUGGGCGACGCGUAAACUCGAGGGAUGGACCGUGACACACGCCGUGCUUGCCAGCCUGUGGACACUUUCCACCUCGGAGUCUCUCAGCAGUGUUGCAGCUCGUUUCCACACCAGCGAGUCUCUAAUCUAUCUCCAGCUCAACGAUUUCUGCCUCUUGAUCGCAAAGAACUUUCCCGAUCAAAUCCGCUGGCCGAGGCGCAAAGAAGCCGAGGCUUCUGCAGCCGGGUUUUUAAUGGACGUCGGUCUUCCUGGGACCGUGUGUGUCCUCGGAACGUGUUCCGUUCCCAUUGACCGGCCUGCCGACGUUCCUGAUCCAGAGGUGUAUCGAGAUCCUGUAGACGUCAGCGCGUAUUCUGUAACUCUCAUGGCCUUCUGCGAGCACCGUGGCUGCUUCACGUUUGUGAGCGCAGAGCAUCCUGGGAGCUGGCACGACUCUCGGGUCCUUCUCGAGACCGACGUCGGAAAAGCGUUACGGGACGAUCCACUGAACCUGCUCCACGGCAAGCACGUGGUCGCGGACGCCACGUUUCCGCUCUCGGAACACCUCCUGACGCCAUUUCCGGAUUAUGGGAUGCUUGGAGAAAAGAAGCUGAGGUACAACCUGAGGAUCCAGGCGGCUCUGAGGAGCCUGAGGAGCAGGUUUCAGAGGUUGACAUGUUUGCUGUUGAAUUCGGUCGAGCAGACCGAGCUGGCCGUAAGAACCUGCUGUAUCUUGUAUAACAUGUAUCUGGAGACCGAUAACGCCACCGUAGGAGGAGAAAGUAUAGAAGAGCGAGCGAACGUCCAGACUCCUUUUCACGAGCUCCAGUACGGCCACUCUGGGAGUCUGGGAGGAAUCUCCAAACGCCAGGAUGUCGCCGCGUCGCUGGGACGAAAGAAUACAAAGAAAAAAGUUAAUCUGAAGUUCUCUUCACUUGUACUAGGAGACCUGAACCUGUUCCAGCAGGAGAAUAGCCUUUUCACAAAGCCAGCUCCAUGAAGAUCUGCUUUACAUGGGUUGUGGAAGAUCUCUGGAUGUGUGGCCUCCUCACUUCCUCAGCUACAUCAGUAACUGACUGUAGUAAGUGGUUUGAUGAAAUCUCACACAAAUCUUUACAAAAUCCAGUGGAACAUAAUCCCAGAAGAGUGGAGCUCAUUAUAAGAGAAAAUGGAGAAAAUGUGAAAUGAGAAACUGUUGGCUGUAUAUAAAUAUCUGGAUAAAAGAGAUUUUGUAAAUGUAAAUUGUAAUUAUUGUUUAAUGUUUAUUAUGGAUUUGUAUGUAUAUUUGUUUAAAUAAACUAAAAAACCCCUUGCUCUGAUGUUGGAUGAAGUAAAUGAUGAAUAAUAAAUGCAUUGCUACCCUCCAGUGGUAAACUCUGAGAACUCCUAAUGUACAGGUUACAAUCACUGCUCAUAAAUACAUCAUUUAAUCAUUUGUUUUUAAUAUUAAGAUCAACAAAAUUGAGUCUUUUUUUAUUUUUUAUAAAAAGUCAUCGUCUUAAGAAAUAAAAUGCGGUGUUUAUACA